CGCGAGACGUGCCCCGCUCAUCUCUGGGACCGCCCCCUCUUCCCCCCCCCACUGUACCCCUCCUGGGGUGGCACCAGUGGGGGAGGGGUGCUCACGGGGGGUGGGUGUCGCCCCCACUCAUCAGCAGGGCUAAGGAGCAGGCCUAGACACCUAGUAGGGUAGGGCCGAGCCCCCCCCCCCAGUCCCCCUCCAUUGGGAUGGCAGUGUGGGGCAGUCCGGUGGCCCUGGAGAGGAUCGAAGGGAGGGAUGGCUCCCCGCUGAGCCCCAUAGCCAGGGGCAGGCAGGGCCACAUCCGUGCCCAAACUGGAGCCUCCAGGAACUGGCACCAACGAACCAGAGCCCCUGCCUGCGGCAUCGGCCCUGCGGCGCUGAGCCGGGCCCCUGGGGGUGGAGCUGAUCCCGGGCCCUGCACCCCCGCGGCACAGAGAGAGCCGGCCAAGCCUCGUGGCCUGUGGGCUACUGCUACCGGCCCUGGCUCGCUGCUCCGCCAGGCCAGGCUACGCUCGCCAUGGGAGAGGAGCGAGGCCCGGCACAGACCUCACGGCAGGCCCAGCGUCGGCCUGCAGCGCUCCAGCCUCCGGGGGCCGGGCCAGCCCCUGCGGUGACGGGCAGAACGCACCAGAGAGCAUGACUGAGAGGGAGUCCCUGGCGCCGCCAGCCUCGCCCGCGCCCGGGGGGAAGCCAGCGAGCAGGCUCCAGGCACUGAAGCAGCUGUUCCUGCGGAGGCCCAAGGAGGAGCCACCGGCGGAACCGCAGCCCAACGGGGAGCUGGUCAGCCCCACGGGGGGGCCCCUCUACUACUUCUACGAGGAGGAAGAGGAGGAGGAGGAGGAGGAGCCUGAGCCGCCCCCCGAGCCCCAGAAGCCCGUCAACGACAAGCCCCACAAGUUCAAGGAUCAGUACUUCAAAAAGCCCAAGUUCUGUGAUGUCUGCGCCCGUAUGAUUGUCCUGAACAACAAGUUUGGCCUGAGAUGCAAGAACUGCAAAACCAGCAUCCACCAGCACUGCCAGUCCUACGUGGAGAUGCAGCGCUGCUUCGGGAAGAUCCCCCCCGGGUUCCGCCGGGCGUACAGCUCCCCCCUCUACAGCAACCAACAAUAUGCCUGCGUCAGGGAGCUGCUCUCGGCAGCCAAUCGCAGCGACCCCGUGUUCGAGACCCUCCGGACAGGCGUCAUCAUGGCCAACAAGGAGCGAAAGAAAGGGCAGGACGAUAAGAAGAAUCCCUUGGCCACCAUGAUGGACGAGGAUUCGGAGCCUGGGAAGCACGAACUGGGCAAACUCGAGGCAGGCAACCCAGAAGGGGACAAGAAGGCAGAGAAAAGCACCCCCGACGACAAGAACAAGAAGCCCCAGCCCGGCUUCCUGCAGACUCAUUACUUCGUGGCGCUUUAUCGCUUCAAAGCCCUGGAGAAGGACGACCUGGAUUUCCACCCGGGGGAGAAGAUCACGGUGGUGGAUGACUCCAACGAGGAGUGGUGGCGGGGGAAGAUCAGUGAGAAAAUUGGCUACUUCCCCCCGAACUUCAUCGUCCGGGUGCGAGCGGGCGAGCGGGUUCACAAGGUCACCAGGUCCUUCGUGGGUAACAAGGAGAUCGGGCAGAUCACGCUGAAGAAGGAUCAGAUCGUGGUGCAGAAGGGGGAGGAAGUGAACGGGUACGUCAAGGUCUACACCGGCCGCAAGAUGGGGCUCUUCCCCGUCGACUUCCUGGAGGAGAUCUGAGCCCGGGCCGGCGCCGGCAGCGGUCUUUAGCCAAGGGGCGAGCGGGCUGGGCCUGGAGCCGCGCCUCAUGCCUGAACACGGCCCCCGGGGGGCAUUUCCUUAGAGAUCGCUCCUGGGGGCAGCUGCAGAUGGAGCCCCCCUCCUGGAAUAAAUGCCCCGUGUCGCUGCAGGGAGCGGAUCCUCAGCAGGGAUAUCGGUGCUGGGGUGCCAGCUAGGCCAUGAUCCGUCAGCCGCCUUGGCCCGGGACACGUGGCGGGCUGGGGCAAGCAGCAGAUCCCUUGUUUGCUCUCUCCGGAGGAUGGAAGCGGGGUGGUGGGGCCAAGGGGGGCAGAGAGGAGCUCCCCCAGGACAUUUCUCUCCUGGCACGCUCACCGACGGGCAGAGGCGGGUGUGUGUGUGUUUGCACUUAGGGCUGGGGUACCUUGAGGUGUCUCCCUUCCCCGGGGUGUGUGUGUGUGGUGGUGGGGGGG